CUGACCGGGAAGGCGGAUGAUCAAUUUAAGUCUCUCCGCGGCCACUUCCUGGGUUGCCGCAGGGAGUAAAGUUUUCUGACCGUUUAAGUUUCGCUUUUACCUUCGACUUAGCGUUGCGGAGAGCAGACGCAGCCAAAGGACUGGGAAGGAGAGCCUGUUCGUCGUGGGUUCCACGCGGGCAAGUAUAGCUUAUUUCGAGAAAGAGAGAAACUCAAUUUUCCCCAAGAUCUAAAUAUUGGCAGAAGAUUCUGUUUCUGUGUUACCACUGAUGGCUGAAAAUACUAUAAAUGAUUAUGUGGAUGCAAAACCUUCAAGAACUGAUCGGUUAUCCAUCUUUGCAAAAAAAAAGAAGAAUGAAUGGGAAGGUCAACCAGAGGAUUCUUCUGGUAACCAAUAUCGAAUUAUUAUCCCUACGUUCCAAUAUAAUAUAGCCUUUAAGAAGCUUGGUAAAUGCAUUAUUAUAAACAAUAAGAACUUUGCAAAAGAUACAGGGAUGUGUAUACGAAAUGGUACUGACAAGGAUGCUGGUGACUUGCAAAAAUGUUUUCGGGACAUUGGUUUUGAUGUUUCCAUCUAUAAUGAUCUCAGCUGUAAGAAAAUGAGGGAAAUCCUUGGUGAAGUUGCCAAUGAAGAUCACAGUGAUGCUGCUUGUUUUUCCUGCAUAUUAUUAAGCCAUGGAGAUGAAGGCCGCAUCUACGGCACAGAUGCAUUCAUGGCAAUCAAAGAUUUGACAGCACUUUUCAGAGGAGACAAAUGCCAAAGUCUAAUUGGAAAACCCAAACUGUUCUUUAUUCAGGCAUGCCGAGGUUCUGAAUUUGAUAAUGGGAUUCAGACAGAUUCAGGUUCUUCAAAUGACACCCUGGAAAUGGAUGCCAAUCCAAGAUACAAGAUUCCAGUUGAGGCAGAUUUUUUGUAUGCAUAUUCCACUGUGCCAGGUUAUUAUUCCUGGAGGAAUCCAGGGAAAGGCUCCUGGUUUGUGCAGUCUCUUUGCUCAGUGCUGACUGAGUAUGGCAAAAAUUUGGAGAUCCUGCAGAUUCUGACCUUGGUUAAUUACAGAGUAGCAAGAAACUAUGAAUCUCAGUCUGAUGACCCACGCUUCUGCAGGAAGAAGCAGGUUCCUUGUGUGGUAUCAAUGCUAACCAAAGAACUGUAUUUCUGUAAAUUGAUGCCACCAGAACAGCACAUUUAAAAUACAUAAUGCAUUAUAACUUGCAAUAUAUUUUUAAUCCAAGCUUUUCCAGCAGAAGGCAGUCAUAGAUCUAGAGUUAAGAUUGAUAUAAGACAUUUAAAAUAUGCAAUACCAAAAUUACCUCAGUCAGUUAAUAUAUUGAUUUUCACAGUGCCACUUGUUUCUGUGUUGUUAGAGGUGCCUAUUCCUUCUUUCUAUUUUCACCAGAAGCAAUCACAAUAUUUCUCUGGAGUCUUCCUUUUCCUCAUAGAAAUAGCUCAUUUUUCCUCUAUUAAUUACUUUUUUAGAUUCAUCAUUAAUUUAUAAGAAUAAUUGUAUAUAUUUGUUAAAUACUUCCAUCUAUAAUAGGAAAAAAGUAUUAUCAAAGUUCAUUUGAUGAUCAGUGAUAAAAUGGUUGAGAAAUCAUCCAAGGAUGCUUGAAUGCUCUUUUACAUCCCAAUCUACAUGUAAAAUCACUAGGUGAGAUCCAUAUUUAGUCUAUUAUAAAUCCAUUAUUUUGUGUGUCAUUUGAUUUCAUUAUUAUUAAUUUAAAUUCCAUAAUUUCAGUGGGUCUGCUGUAAGUAAGGUCCAAUCUAUUCACAGUAGUUCAACUGCUAAUUUCUCUGUUCUCCCUGUUCUCCUUUUUUUAGCAACCAAUUCUUAUAAAUGUAAGAUACAUAUAAAUUUCUUAUUUUUAGCCAAAAUGACAAAAUGCUCCUGAUCCUUUUCUUAGAUCAAUGAACAAUAAACACAAUUUACAAUCUAUUUUACACAAAAAUAAUUUUGUAUCAAACACAUUUGGUAGUAUAGUUAUGUAGUGUAUAAAUAGAACAAUAUUAUAGGUUGUUGAUUUGUUCAAUGCAUUCUACAAAGCAAGUAAAAAAGAAAAGAAAAUUAUUUCUAAGAUUCUAUUUUCUUGUAAUUAUUUGCUACUGUUAACAAACCAUAUUUUGUUUUCUUUCUCUACGUAUAUAAUCAUAGUCUUUGCCCAAAAAAGUUUCUCUUGCAGUGUCUUCAUCCUUGUGGUAAUUGUUGGUUUCUUAUUUUCUUAAUAUACAAUCAAUAUUAUGUAACACAAUGUUUUUUAUAAUUUUUACAAAAUGUCUGUAUUGUUACUACAUAUUUACAAUAGAUUCACUUCAUAGAUUUGCAAAUUUAUUAUACAAUUAGAGUAGCUACUUGAUAGUUUAAGGACUUUUCAAGUAACUUUUGGCCUGAUAUAGUUUUCAUAUGUACACACACAAACACAUAUAUGCACUUAUGAAAGUUCCUGAAAUUUAACCUUUGGGAUCAGGCAUGUUGUUUUUGUUUUUGGCAGAGAAGAGAAGAACUGGGUUCUGUGAUGACCUUGAUGAAAUGCAUGACAACCAAUCAAAGUAGAUGCUAUUUUGGGAUAUAGAGUGAUUACAGUUCUGCAUUUUUUUUUUAAUCCAACGUUUUGCUAGAAAAUAAAAUGUAACUAUGGAAUAGCAUUAGCAAUGGAUACUGCAACUAAGACAUUCUCAGUGACUGAUUCAAUAACUUGAAGAAUUCUUAGGAGUUUAUCUUUCUGCUUUAUGAAGGUAUAUUAAUAAGUUAUUUAUCCUAGCAUGGAAACAGCUAUUUCCAUUCACUUAAAAAGAAUGUCAAAUACUUUGAAAUGCUUGUGUUAACUGGCAGUUAACAUAGGAAACUAAUAUAGACAAAUUCCUUAGUUUAUCACCAAAUAUUCACAAAUUCAGUAAAACAGAAAUUGUCCACUGUGUUUACGUCAUUUGCAUAAUGAAUUGUGGAUUUUGUAAUUUCUGAUUUAGUGGUUAUUCAACAAUAACAGACACCCUACCCAGUUGAUCAAUUAUGGUGAGGGUAUAUUUUUUAAGUUAUCUGUAUAUGAUUAGUCGCAUACAGCCAAUCUCUAUAUGAGCAAAAACCAUGUUUCUUUGAAAAUAUGUUAAUGAAUUCCAAGGAAAAAACUGAUGGGAUAAACAUAGAUAUGCAAUAUGACAAAUCUGCCUGUUAAGGUGUUUUUCUUUUGAGUUUUGGAAGAAGGCAUAUUCAGCACCUCACAUCUGGAGAAAUUGUUGGUAUUAUGCUGUAUUACUAUAAUCAAGCUGCCAUUACAAUAUGUGCUUCUCUAGGUUUGCUUUGUAUCUUCCAAAUAUGUAAUUUAUAUUUAGUGCUCAAAAAGAAAGUCAUAACAAUUUUCCUGGAAAAGGAAUGUUGGGCAGCAGUUGGUCAACUGCUGUAGUAGUGGUCCUAUAUAUUUGAAGGAAAACAUUUGCAUUAGAACAUAAGUAGGACCCCUUACAGGAAAAAAUUAUCCUAUUUGUAUGAUCUGAAGGUUAUAUACAAUUAACAUGAUUGGGAUUUGUUAAUAAUUUGUCAUCUAUCUCAUCUUGCUGUGGAGUAGGCGGAGGCAAAGGGGAAAUAAUAGUUCAAGUAUCUUUCAUUAAUAAUAGCAAUAGCACUUAGACGUAUAUAUGGCUCCAUAGCCUGCAAUACUGUAUUCUAAUCACUGUGCCACCACAGCUCCUUCAAUAAACAAAAGAGACUUCCAGGUUAGACAUCGUGGCAUAAUGGGCGCAGGAAAAUGCUCCGUUUUCCACAUCAGAUUUUGCUUUGCUGGCGACCCUAAAAAGGGUCUAAAUUCGCCCCAGAGAGAUGAAGAAAAAGAAGGGGAUCGUGGAGGGGUGGCAGCCCUUCUCUUUGAUCCAAAGAAGCCCUUCAAACUGGCAGAAGAAAGACGACACAUUUAUGUAGCCAGCCAGAAACCACUGACAACCCAAGAUAAGCACUAACUAGCAAUCUCAACAACACGGAUGGAGGUGGGUGAGAACGAUCCUCUCUUUAUAAUUUUAAAACUUCUUCCUGGAAAAAAGAAUUCCCAAAGCAAAGAAUCCCCCAGAUGAUGGGGAAAAGGUGAAGUUCCGCUCCGUUCUCUCAGGAAAAGAGAAGCAGUGAAUAACUUUCUUGGAGGGGGGGGGGGUAAUUAGAGAAAACUACAAGAUUAAUUUGGAUUUAAUAUAGAGACAUAGCUUUGACAAAUUUGGGGACUAAAAGUAUUUUUAAGACUUUCUUUUUGAAAAGAUAUUUAGAAAAUUGGUGAAAUAGGUUUGGACUUUAAAGCUGGAAGAUGGGUGUUAACAACAUCUAGUGGUGAACCUUGGUAUUACAAUUUAUUAUGCUUAAAAGAAAAUUUGGCAUGAAAUCCAGACAUAGAUAAGGUUUUUUGUUGUUCCUGGAAACUUUCAUUUUUGCAGAUUGCAGCUGGAAAAAAGGGGGGAAUCCUGGGCUGUUUUAUCUGUAUGAAGGAGACAAUCAUUCUAAAUUGGCCAUCCUGGAUUACAAAUAUUGACUGACUUUUAGUUUCAAAAAUUACCUAGAAAUAUUAAGAAACAGUGGGAAAGUUGCUUCUGGACUAUUUCUCUUUGGAAGAAAUAUGGAUAAUCAAUAAGAAAAUGUAAAUGGACUUCAGAAAAAAUUCUUCAAGAGACAAUUGUUUUAAAUUAUGAGGAAACUAAAAAUAAUUUAAAUAACUUGCAAGCAAAAAAUGUUCAGAAAAUGGCCAUAAAGAAUGAACUAGCAACUCAGAAACCAGAAGAAAAAAUAGAGGAAACUGACAUAAAGAUAGAUGAUUCGAAAGAAGAAACCAACAGACAGGCAUAGAUAAAUAAAAAUUUGGAAGAGCCAGAUAUAAUAUCGGAAAUGGGAAAGACAUUUUACUUUUUAAGACUUCAGAACAUAUUUGAGGACAAGGAAAAAGAAUUGAUAGAAUGGAUGACAGAGCUGUUAGAAGAAAUGCUGAAAACCGGGGAACAAGAAACAAAGAAAAACUGAAGGAGAAAGAAAAUGGAGACUGUUUAACAAAUAUAAAUGGAUUAAGUGUUUUUACAAAAACACUUUAAUUAAAUUGUCUUUUUUAUUCCAAAUAAUAUAUACAGAAACAGAAGAAGAAAUACUUGAUGACCUAAAUGCACUGACAUGCAAAGUUAUUUGGCAAAGGAAGAAAGCUAGAGUAAGACUGAAGAAAAUAGAGGUCCUGACUAAUUAGAUGAGGUAUUGUACCAUCUAAUGAAUGUUUAAAUAUAAUUAAAAGAAUAGAUAAUUUUUAGAAAUAAAAGAACCAUUAUAAAUUAGAAGGAUGUGUUUUUGUAACUAGGAUAACAUAAUUUUUCAUAAGAUGGGAAAUAUGAAAACACAAAGAGGGUCAGUAUAAGGGAAGCUUUUAGUUACCCAAAUGUAAUUAAUUAUGAGAAAAAUGAUAACUGAUAAAAGUUAUUUUGAAUAUUGAUGAGAAAUUAAAAUUGAAAAAAAAGAAACGAUACGGAUUGAAUAAGGGAACUCUGAUUGUAAAUACAUUUGAGAUAUGUUUUGGCUACAGAAAAUAUAAACUGAUUAUUGACACUAACAUUAGAAACGUGAGGAAGAUGUUUAUAUUUAAUUGUGUAGGUAUUAAUAGCAGUAAGAAUUAUACUUAUAUAAUGUGGAAAAAUGAUUAUUAUUGGAAGAAGAGAGGACCAGGGAAAUACUGGAUGGUGUAAUAUUGGAUAUCUUGAGUGAAAAUUAAUAUAUACUGAAUGAUAAAGGAACCCACACACCGAGUUGUUUAUUAAGUACUGAUGAUUGUAAAACUCAAAAUUAAUAAAAUAUUUACAAAAAAAA